AUGGAAACAACACCAACGUUUUCUGAACGUUUUCGCUCCUUCCUUCGCCUCGCAUCGGCACUCAUCUUACUAUUAGCGCUUCACGCCUAUGCUUCCCUGGACGGAGGCCCCUCCCCCACCUCCACAAGUACUCCAAAAGCGGAUGAGAACACAACAAAUACGGUCUCAUCGAAGGAACUGGUGUCGCUGCUAUUUUCCAUUGGAAUGAUUUUUGGGCCACACAUUGGUUACCUCGUUCAGUUAUACGAAAUGAACAAAACGGGAAUAAUAGAUGGGUACUCUCCACUAGUUUCUGUCAUAUUGCUUGUCAGCAAUGAUAUCAGAAUUUUAUAUUUUAUGGGUAAUCCUUAUGCGCUUCCGCUGCUCUUCCAGUCUGCCGUUGCAGUGGCCGUGCACAUGGUGCUGCUUGUUCGUCUGUUAUGCAUUCGUCAGUGUUCUGUGAUUGGUAUCGACGCACCAGUAGGAUCUGUGGAAAAUGGGUCACACGUGGGCAAAACAGUUGAUGAGACGAUCUGUAUUGACCAAAGUGAGUUGCAACCACCACAGAUUUCCCCGGAUGAUUCCUCCAGCUACGCUACUGUAGCAGAUCGGGUUCCAUUCUUGCAGGGACCGUUGCACUGGUUGGACCAUCAUAUCGUUCGCUUGGAGGAAAGUGUUCUGUCCCACACACCCAGUGCCUUCACACGUCGUUGUGUCAUGAUGGGUCUUGGGAUGUUUAUGACCACACUGUUGUACUAUCUGAUCAUGAUUCCUGCGUGGAAGGAUGCGCCACAGGUUGUUGGGUACACAGCACUUAUUUUUGAAGCGAUGCUGCUGGUGCCGCAAAUCCUGCGCAAUCAUCGCCGCAAGUGUACGGAAGGCCUUUCCUUAAUUCUCCUGGUUACGUGGGUCGUUGGGGACAUUAUCAAACUGGUUUACUUUAUUGUGUACGAACAACCUGUUCCGUUCCUCGUGUGUAGCGGCAUCCAACUAACUACAGACUUAAUCGUUAUAGCACAGGUGGUGGUCUAUAAGUGCAGGGGGCGAAGACCAUCGGUGAGCGCUGGUGCUGCCGAUACCCACGGGGGUGUCCCCCCAUCACCGGCAUCCGGGGAAGCGGCAGUCGCUCCUGUAGGUGCUCUGGAGACGGCUGGAUGGAAUGACGCCGCACAUGUGGGGAAGGACGUAGAGGAGCGAAGGAGUCCCGUACGUAGGGAAUGA